ACUUUUGUAUUAUUACUGAUACUCAACAUGUUAAGUUUCUCAUAUUCAACUGAGUGAUUGCUUGUCAAUUGUUGUAGACUAUUCCCACUGCCUGUUUGUUAUGCUGUUUGUGAUCAUAUUUUGAUUAGGCUCUCAUGUUAAAGACCUUCAUGUGAAAACUGCUACUCACUUGUUCCUGACAAUACUGGAAAACGACCCUAUCGCGACGGACCUUUUGGCAACAGUUAUGAAACCGUUGCUAUAGACAUGAUAUUGCAAUGAUUAUAACCGUUACAAUAAUAUCCGGGGUGCUAUCAAUACACUUUGGUUAUUAAACCAUUGCAAUUGUGUAGAGACCGUUGCCAUAGGUUCUGUUUUAUGCGACGGUUUUCAUAACCGUCCCAAUAGAUUUAUUUGGAAAAACGAAUCUUGUGAAAAAAUUUCUACUGGGACGGUUUUUAAUUCCCUCCAUAUUUUCCCACCUCAUUUUUUGCUAAACCCGCCAAAACCUCCUAUUUUUUUUAUUUUCUAAUUUUCAUAAUACUCUAAACAUAGCUUUUUCUUUUUUCUUUACCCAAACUCUAGAAACAAAAUCAGAAGGCAGAACCCCAUCCUUAUAGCUUCCUCUCCAAUUUUCUAGGAUUUUCUCAACGACGCCCGUCUGUCUGCUCUGUCGGCUGCAAAAUUAUCAUGUUCACACAGACCUAACUCACUAGUAGAACUAUCAAUCACAGAGCCCAUCGUUGCUUUCCAUGGAUAUUGUAGAUAAAAGUUGGAUGAAUCUCCUAAGAUGGACGGAUUUGAAACAAUUCAAAAUGCUUGGAGAAGGUAUAAAAGUCAGUUGAAGAAAGAUCACUAUGAAGCCUAUGAAAAUGAUGAACUUCGAAUGGCAAAAAGGCCUAAAAAUGUUCUAGAAUCUGAAUUUAAGGAUCUCCUUAAAUAUUGGAACUCCGAUAAGGCUCAAGCUGAAAUGGAGAACAUUCAAUCAACUCAUGAAACUGAAGAAGGCAGUCAAUCAGUUGAUGCAUUUGCAUCAGUCAUGGGACCUGAGCAUCCAAGUCGCUUAAGAUUGUAUGGACGUGGGGUUACCAAGACUGUCUUAAAAGGUAAAGUGAGAGAUUUUGGACCCUCUUUAAAUGCUACUAAUGAGAUGAUGCAGCAAAAAAUGGAGGAAAUAGAAGUGAGAAUGCAGCAAAAAAUGCAAGAAAAAUUCAAUGCACAAAAGGAUGCUAUGAAACAAGAAAUUACAAUCAACGUUGUUGCACAACUUCAAAGUCUGAACCCAGAAUUACGUCUUGAUCCUAAUAUGUUAACAUUUUAUGCUCGUUCACCUGGAGAAGCUUCCUCUGAACAACAAGCUGCUAUUCAACUCAUAAAUCGUCCAUCUGCCGGUAGCAACAAUCAAGGUGGAGAAAAUGAAGAAAAGGAAGACGAAAGCGGUGAAGAAAUAGACCUCACUUGAAAAGAUUUUUAGAUUUAUACUGAAACUUUUGAUUUAGUAGGAAUCUUUUGGUAUCAGAUAUUUUGAAACUUAUGCCAACUAUUGAAAUGUAAUAUCUAUGCACUUGAGUAAGAACACGUUUUGCUUUUAUGGAUAUUAAUUACUAGCUUUUUGGAUGAUUUGGAUUAUUAAUGUUAUGAAU